CCCAGAGCGAGCUAGUAUCGGGGAUGACACGACCACUGAGAUGUCAUUCGAACUCCGAGUUAGCGCGGUGAAUUAAUAGUUAAACCUUCAACACAAACAAUGGAGUCACUACCGGAUGAUGUUACAACAGCUGAACUUUGCACCUGCAGAUAGGUUACUCGCUGAGAUGAGAUCUGAAUACACUUUAUCGACAGAUAUUUCAACAUGGAAGGAUGUCGCCUGGCGCGGCACAGGAAAAAAGCAGUUCUGGUCAUCGUGGUGCUCUUCAUUGUCAGCGUCUUCGAGACGAAGAUCCCAGCUUAUAUAUCCGGACUGGUCUUUGGAAGAGGGCUAUUUGACUUUUCCCACCUGGAAGAUUUAGUGGACCUCAUACAACCAGUUCCCCUCCAGAAGGUCAGGUUUGAUGUUUUGCUGAAGGAUUACACAAGGAAAAUACAAGCAUUGCAAGCACAUGGCCUGUGGAAGAAAACUGCUGUGAAGUCAUGUGAAGAGGAGGAGGAUCACCCAGGCAAGGCUUGUGUUGAGUCCUCCUGUCCUCGACCCCGGCCUACAACACCAGAGGACAACCUGAGAAGUGUCUUGUCCACCAUGUCGGACCUCAACCACAAGCAUCUCAGCCUCAUGCUGGGGCUAUUCCCAGAACCCCCCACGGGGAAGAGAGUCAUGUUUGCCACCGCAGCUUCCGAUAACCACUUCAACGAAUCUCAGGGGCUCAUCCAGAAUCUCCAUCAGAAUGUCUUCCCCCUCAUCAGUAACUACACGUUUGUGUACUAUGAUCUGGGACUGUUACCAUGGCAACGAAAAAAGCUGAUGAGAGAUUGUCGUUGUGAACUGAGGCGCUUCCCGGUGGAGUUGAUGCCGCCGAGGCUGCAGGAUUUACAGUGCUACGCCUGGAAGUCUUUUAUCAUACAGGCUAACCUCCCAAAGACGGACAUCUUGGUGUGGGUGGACUCCUCUGUGAGGUUCUGGAACAAAACCAUGCCCCAGCUACUGGAUGACGUGGAGAGACGAGGCAUUGUCACCUACGCUGAUGUCCACUCGGUGGCACAGCAUACUCUGAUGGAGACAAUGAUCUACAUGAAAGAAGACGUGUGUACUCUAGCUCCAGUCGCUGAAGACCACGGUGGCUUCCUGUUGCUUCACAACGAGCGGUGGAUACGUGAGGCCGUCAUUAAACCAUUGGUGGCUUGUGCUAUGAGUCCUAAGUGCAUGUGUCCGCGAAACCCAAUGGACGUCAUUAUCUGUGACACUGGCAUACACAAGUACAAUAAAUGUCAUCGCUUUGAUCAAUCUGCAAUCAACAUCAUUCUCAGCAAACUGUUUCGGGAUCAUAAAAGCAGCUUUUACUCGCCUUUCAACGAGUAUCCAAAUGUCACAUUGGCCAGGUGAACAUGCUUAAUACUAGAUAAUCUGUGGAAUUAAGAUCAGUUCAUAUAACAAUUCAUCAAUAAAUACUUAUCUUCA